UAAAAUUAAAGAUUCAGAUGUCCUGAAUUACUCUUCAAACCAAAUUUCAUUGGUCUUGAAGUAUCAGGUAUCCAUGAAUUAACAUUCAAAUCUAUCAUGAAGUGCGAUAUUGAUGUUAGAAAAGAUCUGUAAAUUAUUUAAAUUUAUAUCUUAGUUAUGGAAAUGUUGUCAUGUCUGGAGGUACUACUAUGUUCCCAGGAAUCCCAGAAAGAUUGAGCAAGGAGUUAACAUCACUUGCACCAUCAUCCAUGAAAAUUAAAGUUGUUGCACCACCUGAAAGAAAAUUCUCAGUUUGGAUUGGAGGAUCUAUUUUAUCAUCAUUAUCUACAUUUUAAGCCAUGUGGAUUACAAGAAGCGAAUACGACGAAAGCGGCCCAACCAUUGUUCACAGAAAGUGUUUCUGAGACAUAAAUCAUAUUAAUAUAUCAAUAUCAAUAUAGAAUAUAGCGUU